CUUCUGCAUGUAUAGCAAAUACGACAAGCCCUGGGGCCACUCCCUCGCCCUUUCUCUUUAUAUAUUCUUUACCCUUCCCAAAGGCAAUGAGUUACCCACCGCCCUAUAAUAACGCGCAGUUUCCGUCCCAGUAUCCUCCACAGUAUCUGCAGCAAAUCCCUCAGAAUCCAUCCCACGCUCCGCAUCCUCCGCAUUCUGCGUCCGUCCCUCAGCAGCAGUACAAUGUCAAUCCCAAUGUGCAAUACCACCAAUAUACAGCCUCGUAUGGCUAUCCCCAGGUCAUACUACCCCAGUAUGUCCCUCAAUAUGCACAGCACCCGCAACAACUGCCGCAGCAGCAGCUACCGCAACACCAACACCAACACCAACAGCAACAACAAUUCCACUCGCCGAUAGUACAGCAACAGCAAGGACUAGCGCAUACACUGCCACCUCAAUCUCCACAGCUGCAACAGCACCAGCAGCAAUACCAUUCCCCAGUAAUCCAGCAGCGGCAACAGCAACAAAUACUGGCUCCUCAGUCGCCGCAACCACUACAACAGCAACCUACGCAACAUCAGUACCAGCAAGUGCAGCAACAGCCGCAACACCCUGAACCACCUUUACAAUUCGUCAACCCUGCCGAAACCACCUUAUCAGCACUUCCAAUCCAACGCUCCAUCUCGAGUUCCGGCUCUCCUACCCAAUUCACCCAUGGGCUUCCCACGGCGCCCCCAGCCGUUCCUCAAUAUGCAUAUUCUGCAGCCUCGCCGUCCGCCCCGGCAGUGCAGAGCAUUGCGCUGUACCACAAUACUUCCAAUGAAACAAAGGAAAAUCGUCGUGGACAAUACACUCCAAUUGUAAAAUCACCCGCAAUACCUCCACCGCCUCUUAGCAACACCCCAGCUACGUCAUCUGCACCAGUCAGUCAAACGCAGAAAACACCAAAAGCGUCCCCUUCGCCCUUCAGCCUGGUCCCCCAGGUUGUGAUGCCAUCGCCGUCUAGUUACCAGAAGGUGACUCCUAAGGUAGUCGUCCCGCCAGCUCCUCAGGUCACACCCAAACGUCCCCCAGAUGAGGAUGUAGACUAUCAAACAUUGCUGCUAGCCUUGGCAGACGAGUAUUUGAAUACAGCUCAUAGGAAGGGGACUAAUCUGGCAUUGACAAAAAAUAGCGACGAUCUGGCAGAUUAUUACAAGUUGGUUGCGACGGGGCUAGGCUGUUUGGAAGCUGCGCAAACCAAUUUUCGUUUACCACCACGCACUGAAGCAUUAACGCGAUUGCGAUACGCUCGCAUACUCAUCGAAGAAACCGAUAACGAUGUAGAAGCUGAAACAGCCCUGAGUAAAGGAAUUGAAGUUUGUGAAAGAAACAAGCUCGUGGAUCUUAAAUACACCAUGCAGCAGCUUUUGGCGCGGAUGCUUCACAAAUCCAACCCCAAGGCAGCCGUAAAGGCUGUUGACAAUAUGAUUCAAGAAGUUGAAACAUAUCGUCACGUUCCAUGGGAGUAUGCCUUUCGCUUGCUUAGAGUGAGUCUUGCACUGUCCUCUAGAUCCCACCAAGAGUUUGUUGCGGCCAUUCAUAAUCUACAAAAACUAUCCAAUCUCGCAAGCCGAAAUGGCGAUAAGACCGUGUCCGUCAUAGCUGCUUUGAUUGAAGCAUUAACACAUUUACAACUGUCGACAAAUUCGGAUUCUGUUGAACAGGCCCAGAAUGCCGUGGCAGUAGCACGCAGCCACCAACUGGACCCGAGUGUGGGCGACAUCCCUCAAAUUGCCUCUAUGGUUCAGAUGGUAGACAUAUCUUGCAGCUUGCUAGAAUACGACUUGAACCAUGCAUCUCAAAAACUACAGAUAAUGCAGACAUUGAUGGACCAGCGUAUUAAUGACUCCCGAUGGCGCGAUGACGGGACGUUCACCAUUCCACUAAAUAGCAAAUCCUCGUCUACUCAGAGUGAAUUAGGGGAUAUACUCCGCGUAGAGGACGGGAAGCUGUGCUUGACUUUGAACUGGCUGCCCCAGCAUGACCUUUAUGCCCUCUGUUACUUCUUGAGCUCUGUCACGUUAGGUGCCAAGAAUUCGCACGACGGCCGGAAAGCAGAGAAGUAUUUGCAGGAGGGCUUGCGGAUGGUUCGUGGUAAUUUCAAGGCACCUGAAGAGAUAAAAGAAUCGUUUGUCGCUGCAGGCAAACGACUUGAAUGGCGACGGAUUUUACACUGCAAUAUUCUGUUGCAUCAAACGUUUCUGGCCUGCGCCAGAACCGACUGGGACACAGCUAAUCAAAUCCUCAAAGACCUGCGUCUCGCUGCGGAUGAGCUAGGAAAUACACUACCAGAGACGAUUUCGUGCCUCAUACAGUACGCUACUGGCGUGAUCGCUCAAAGUACUGGCGAUCUUAAUGCAGCAUUAUCUGCCUUUCAGUCCCCAAUCUUCUCACUUUCAUCUUCUAGUAGAACCACACGCAAUGAUCCUUGCCGGGAUACAUCAAUUCUCGCGGCCCUCAACAGCAUCCUGAUCCUCCGACAACCCUCUCAUCCAUCGCAUUCUCGCCUUGACGAUGUACUAUCCACAGUCGAGCCACUAUGUCUCAGUAGCUGCAACCGAUACAUCCAAGCCGCUUAUUAUCUGGUAUGCGCGAUUGUCCACACUGAUUCCACCAUUCAAACAAAACAAUAUCUCCAACAAGCCCUACAAUCCGCCACUGCGAUCAGCAACAGUCAAAUCACAUGCAUCACCCUGACAUUCAUGAGCUGGAAAUACUUUCGUGGGGUUAUUGGAGAGCAAGCGGAGAAGAGCGCGCGUGCAGGUCGAGCCAUGGCGAAAAAGGCCAACGAUCGUCUUUGGGUCAGCGUCACUGAUGAGCUUUUGGCUGAGAUGCUGGAUCGACAGGGGAAGGCUGACGAGGCGCAUGCCGUGCGUGAAGAGGCUGACCGGGUGUUGAUGGGACUGCCGUCGGCGGUGAAAUCGACAGAGUAUCGAUGAGAGGUACUCUCGCAAAAAUUGAAUAUAUAUGUCGACGUUAUUUUCCUUUUCAUUUCUUUUCGGACAUGGGGUCGGUACAUUUGAUCUUCUAAAAGAUAGUUUGGGUGCAGGCGUCACGGAUCUAAGAUACCACAUGCGAUUUUCAUUUACUUCUUGUCAUACUGCUCGCAACUUCUCAUUUGAUUCAACCAUGAUAAACGACAAUAAGAUUUGCAUCAACGUCAUGGCUUAGCAA